AUGUCAGCCAGAAAGGGCUAUCUGCUCCCUUCGCCAAAUUAUCCCACAACAAUGUCAUGCUCGGAGAGCCCUGCCGCGAACUCUUUUUUGGUCGACUCUCUCAUCAGCUCGGCCAGAGGCGAGGCGGGUGGCGGUGGCGGUAGCGCAGGGGGCGGCGGAGGCGGCUACUACGCCCACAGCGGGGUCUAUCUGCAGCCAGCCAGCGACCUGCCCUAUGGGCUGCAAAGCUGCGGGCUUUUCCCCGCACUGGGCAGUAAGCGCAAUGAAGCGCCGUCGCCUGGAGGAGGAGGUGGUGGUGGUGGUGGUGGUGGUGGCAGCGGGGGUCUGGGUCCCGGGGCUCAUGGCUACGCGCCCGCGCCCCUAGACCUGUGGCUGGACGCGCCCCGCUCCUGCCGGAUGGAACCGCCCGACGGGCCGCCGCCACCGCAGCCACAACCCCAGCAGCAGCAGCCGCCCCCGCCGCAGCCGCCCGCGGCCGGGAAGGAGCGAGCCCUAGACUCCACGCCGCCGCCCACGCUGGUUUGCACCGGUGGCGGCGGCGGCGGAGGCUCGCAGGGCGACGAGGAGGCGCACGCGUCAUCCUCGGCAGCUGAGGAGCUGUCCCCGGCCCCCUCCGAAAACAGUAAAGCCUCGCCGGAGAAGGACUCCCUGGGCAAUUCCAAAGGCGAAAAUGCAGCCAACUGGCUCACGGCAAAGAGCGGCCGGAAGAAACGCUGCCCUUACACGAAGCACCAGACGCUGGAACUGGAGAAGGAGUUUCUGUUCAACAUGUACCUUACUCGAGAGCGUCGCCUAGAGAUCAGCCGGAGCGUCCACCUCACGGACAGACAAGUGAAAAUCUGGUUUCAGAAUCGCAGGAUGAAACUGAAGAAAAUGAACCGAGAAAACCGAAUCCGGGAGCUCACAGCCAACUUUAAUUUUUCCUGAUGAAACUUCCAGGCAACGCCCGUCUUUUCGCUUCCAGAGCGCCUGUACCCCUCCUUCGGCCUCCAGCCUCUGCCCCAGAACUCGCACCUGUGCCGGAGCCCCAUUGCUCCCUUCCACACUCGCCGUCUCCCAGGCCGUUUCGUCUGUGCAGGGCUGGUUUGUUCUGACAUUUUGUUUCUUUGUCCGUUUGCUUGGUGUUGGUUUACUUAUUUUCUGGGGGAAAAAGCCAUAUCGCUAAAAUUCUAUAGAGAUUGAGAUUAUCCUCACUGUCAAGUCCUGACUGGGCUGGGUUCGCGGCCUCGGGGGUUCCUACUGCUAGUACUGGCCCAGUACUCCUACGCUCUGGUUUCCUGCUCAGCCCUGGGUAAACUUAGCCGGAAGCCCUAGUCCCAUUGUCGGCGCUGAGGUGUCUGGCCUGAGGUCAAUGGUGCAAGGAGCCGCCACCGGGUUCGCCAGCCUGGAGUGCUGGGCUGUGUUUAAUCAGGGAGUACAGGCCUGAUUUCUCUUUUCUUCCUUCUUUUCUUCCUUGGCCAAGAGCGGAGUAUUGAAACAUGGACAUGCAGGUUAGCUAUAGGGCUUGAACUGGCUGAUUAAAAAAAUGAGAAAGAAAUAAUCAGAAAGAUUAACUUUUUCUUUCCUGUGUAAGAUCUCCCAGCUUUAAAAAAAAAAUAAAAAAUGGCCAAGAGAAGGAACCUUCUCUUCCCGUUUGCCUAAGGUCUUGCUUGCCUGACUAAACUCCUUCAUUUACCUUUGAAUUUCCAUGUCCUGGCUGUUGAUAAAUAAUGCAGGUUUGUUUAUACAUGUGGAAUUAGUGGAUUUUUGCCAUUAAAAUUGUUGCCAUUUGGUAACACGCGAAAAGCACACCACGAUUCUCCCUAUCUUAUGGAGUUGGAGUUUUUUGUUUUGUUUACUUUUGUUUUGCUUUAAUUCACUUUUUUGUUGUUGUUGUUGUUGUUCUGUUUUGUAGGCUUUCUGAAAUUCAUGGGAGCCUAAGUGGGCUGGGGCAAGCAGAUGAGAGAAGGGAGACAUUGUUUGGAUUUUCUUUAUACUGUGAAGUUACAUGCAUAAAAGGGUCAAACCUGUAGGUGCAGAAAAAGAAAAAAAACUAUAAGUACAAAUCUGUAUAAAUGUCUAUUAUUAUGAAAAAUUGCCAAUCUUGUUUAAGCAAAUGCAUUCUAUCGUUAUUAUAAAUGUUAGUUCUAGCUUUAUUUACUUCAAAUCUUAAAUCAGAAUAAAUUAAUAUUGUAUUGCUGCUGUGCGUGGAAAAAGAUGAUGUUUAUGUUCUUAUAGAAUAAAAG